UGAAGUACAAACAAGAUGUUUUUAGCUAUGUUGUAUGGUUGUUCUUACCGUGUGAGUUUGAAUCAGAGGACUUGUAGCUGUAGGAAAUGGGACAUCACAGGAAUCCCUUGUGUACAUGCAUAUGGUGUUAUCCUUAAGUUGAAACUUAAAGUUGAGGAUUAUGUCUGCCACUGGUUUCGUACAACUCAAUGGAAGAAGAACUAUACAGAGGGUCUUGUUCCAUUAAGAGGUGCAAGGUUUUGGCCUGUUGGAACAGCUCCUCAAGUGCAUCCAGCUCCUGAGCCUCCACAGCCUGGCAGGAAAAAAAAAAGUAAGAAGGUGAAAAGAAAGAAAGGAAAAAAUGAGUCUCCUUUGAAGAAGCAACCAAAGCUUCUAAAACGAGUUAUGCAUUGUGGGGUAUGUGGUGAGGCUAAUCACAACUCUAGGUUUCAUAAGAAGAAGAAAGAGGUUCCUCAAGGUGAACCUUCUCAAGGAACUGUCACGCAGGAAAUGAGGUUGAACUGAGCUGGUAUAGAGCUUAGAAGAAGCUUUUGG